AUGAAGAUUUCAUUGAUUUUGAUUCUCGCGGCGGCCUUGGGCCUUGUUCUUCCUGCCAUGGCCAUGGAGGCGAAGGCAGUGGGCUCUGCCAAUGACGGGGACGAUGCCACGGUCGGAAUGGGAGACUUCAUGGGCGGUGAUGCCAUGGUCGACCAACCCUGUGAUGGAGCCGAUGGGGUGAAAAUGAACAAAGUGUUUGACUCUAUUGUUGCCAACCUUGGCGAUGACAUGGGGCAGCUGGAGGAAGCCUUGGCUUUCUUGACGGCGUGUGGGAGUGACUACUGUUCCCUAGACGAUUUGUACACGUGUGUUGAGGCCAAGCAAGAGCAGCGUCUAGAUCAGCGUCGACAAGCGAGCAAAGAUUUUCCCAUCAAGUACGCUGCGCGGGUUGAAGUGUUCAAGGAAGAAAUGGAGGCGUUCCUACCACAGCUUCUGGAGUCCUCGAAGCUACUUGAUGCUCAAGAAACGUUUGAGAUUUCCCUUGCCCUUAUUCUUGACAAGAAGUACAAGAAUCCGGAACAGCGCCUGACAGUGACGACUCAGCUCGUGAACCUUGUCAAGGCAACCAAGCAUGAACUCCAAGAAGAUCUGUUCAAGGCGGCCAAUAAAGUUCUUUCACAAAAGCGUGACGAGAUUUGGGAGAGAGCCAAAGAUGCGAUCGAGGAGCUCCACGGCAUGAACUACUAUGAUUCCCCGCUUAUGGACACACAACUUCAUUGCUUCCAGCAGCUGAACGAGCUGCGUGACCAGGCAGUUGCACGUGUGGAAGAAUUGUACCAAGCGGCGUGGAAACAGAUCCGUGGUGAUGUUCAAGAAGGUGGCAUUGGCAAUAGUGGCGUUGAGGAUGAACCUAUGCCUGCCGGCGGUUCCUCCGAUUCCGAUGAGGGUGACACCGUCGCAGCAAAUGAUCCCACCGAGGUCAACAUCGACGAUAUGGUUCAGGAUGUUGCGGAUCCAGCUGUCACCAUCGCCGAUGACGCCAUCGUUCGCCAAGCUGUUCAUCCUUUCGUGGCAGAAUUCUUGUCAGAGUCCAAACUACUUGUAGAAAAAGCAUGGAAUUCCAAGGCCGAGGAAGAAGCCCUGAACCGCCUCCACGACGACUUGCGCGGAGUCUUACACUUCUCGGAAUUGUGCAGCACGAAGCACAGCUCUCUGGCGGAUGUGUCCGCGUGUAUUCAGGCCAAGGUGGAAGCGCGUCGCCAUCAGGGUCAGCAAGAGAUGAAGCUUCUUGAUCAGCCUCUUGCAGAGCUCAAGUCAGCGUUGGCGGCAUUUCCUCCACAGCUGGAGUCGAAGAUUCGGAAGACGCUCGAAAAGUUUGAGACUGUCUUGGUCAAUAUUCUUGAUGCGUACGAGAAGGCGCAAUUGCAAACGGGGGUGGCGGCAUCUCGGAUUAUGGACUUUCGGAAGGCAACCAAGAAUGAGAUCCAAGAACUGCACAUUGAGACGGAUAUGAAUGCUUGGGUAGUGACCGAAGAAGCAGUCCAGCGGGCAGAAGAUGCGAAGCUCCACGACAUGGACUCCGCUACGAAAUCGCCAUUUUGGAAGCUGUUCACGGACUUUUCGGGUCAACUUGACAACCAGCACGACGAGGCAAUGGCGCACGUUGCCGAAAAGUGCAAGGCGGCGUGGGUGCAGAUCAACGGUGAUUUUGAAGGCGGUGGUGUUCCCUAUGAAAUGGAGUCCACCGAACCCUCUGAGCUCUGA